GAAGCUAAACCACAUAUAUUUCCCACAAUCCACGUGGGCAUUGUUUUGCUGUGACGUUACCAGGAAGUGUUCACGGCGGUGGGACAAAUACUGUUAGGCUCUCGUUCCUGUAUUCCAGUGUCAAAAUGGUUCCUGUUCAUGCCGCCUGUGUUUUGAUGAGCCUUGCACCCCUGUUGGUGCUCGGUGUUCCUCCCAUUUGGACCCAGCCAGAGCAGGUACACCUCUCUUAUCCAGGAGAGCCAGGCUCGAUGGUAGUGACCUGGACCACCUUGAAUAAGACAGAGAGCAUGGUGGAGUUCGGCCUUAUUGGAGGUCGGCUCUUCGACAUGAGUGCCAAAGGUGAUGCUACUUUGUUUGUGGACUCAGGCGAGGAAAAGAGGAAGAUGUUCAUCCACAGAGUGACGCUCACAGACCUCAAACCUGCAGCUAUGUAUGUUUACCACUGCGGAAGCGAUGAGGGCUGGAGCGAUGUGUUCUUCUUCACUGCUCUGAAUGACAGCAGUAGCUUCAGCCCCAGGUUUGCUCUGUAUGGUGACCUGGGCAAUGAGAACCCUCAGUCUCUGGCUCGGCUGCAAAAGGAUACGCAGCUCGGCAUGUACGAUGUCAUCCUGCACAUAGGGGACUUUGCCUAUGAUAUGCAUGAGGAUAAUGCCAGGAUCGGAGAUGAGUUCAUGAGGCAGAUCCAGUCAAUAGCUGCCUACGUGCCCUACAUGACCUGCCCCGGCAACCACGAGUCUACAUAUAACUUCUCCAACUACAGGAAUCGCUUCAGCAUGCCGGGCCAGACGGAGAGCCUGUGGUACAGCUGGAACCUGGGGUCAGCGCACAUCAUCUCCCUCUCCACCGAGGUUUAUUUCUAUCUCGAAUACGGCCAGGAGCUCCUCUUCAAGCAGUACGAGUGGCUGAAGAAAGACCUGGAGGAGGCCAACAAGCCAGAGAACCGAGCCGUGCGUCCGUGGAUCAUCACCAUGGGACACAGACCUAUGUACUGCUCCGAUGACGAUCAGGACGACUGUACAAACUUUGACUCCCUUGUCAGACUGGGACUGAAUUUCACCAAACCGCCAGCCCCUGGUCUCGAGGAUUUAUUUUACCGCCAAGGAGUGGAUGUGGCGUUGUGGGCACAUGAGCACACAUAUGAGAGGCUUUGGCCCGUCUACGGUGACAAGGUUUGUAAUGGGAGCAAAGCGCAGCCUUAUGUGAACCCUAAAGCUCCAGUCCACAUCAUAACAGGCUCGGCUGGCUGCAGAGAGAAGACCGACAGGUUCAAUCCAAACCCCAAAGAGUGGAGCGCUUUCCGCAGUACAGACUACGGCUACACCCGCAUGCAAGUUAUCAACGCCACCCACCUGUACUUAGAGCAGGUCUCCGAUGACCAGUAUGGGAAGGUGAUUGACAGCAUAUGGGUGGUGAAGGAAAACCAUGGCUUCUCUGCCUGGUUCUGAAGACUGCCAAUGCAAUAAAAACUGCUCAGGAAAUUCUCUCAAAACAAGCACUUUAUCACACAAAUCAUGCACUGAUGAUGAAAGUUAUUUCGCUUUUCAAAUUUGUAUCCAAUCAAAACACCACACACUAAAUACCGUAAAAUGUAUAUAAUGUGAAAUACGUUUUAAUAAAUCUGCUUUUUUAAAUGGAA